AUGGGCCUGGGUAUGCUCGUGGAAACCACCACCCUUCACGACGCUCUCCGUCAACAAGGCGCUCCUACCGCCGCCUGCUACUCAGGCUUUUCCCUCGGUGGCUUCCUAGCGGCGUUUAUCACUGCCAUGGCCGGUCAACCUGAUAUCACCUGUGCCCCCUGCAUGGCUGGUCGCUCCGCGAACCUCCCCUUUACCAAAGGCGCCAUGUCAACGUGCGUCGACUGGGCUGCCUUGGAACGGGAGCAGACCAUCAUCACCGAGUUCUUGCUAGACCUGCAAGCCACCCCUGGAGGCGAUCAACUCCAUCGCUGGACUCCCGACGAGCUGCGGUCCCCGGUGGCUGUGCUGGGUGCCCUGCUCGAUACAUUUACUGACUUGGCCCAGCUUCCCCCGCUGGAGGACGUCAGUCACUUUGUUCUGCUCGCGGCUGACCGCGAUGCCUACAUUCCAUACGAGACGCACCGACAGCUUGCCGAGCUCUGGUCCGGUGCUGAUGCACGUGUAUUGGAUGGUCAUGGGCACGUGACCUCCUUCUUUCUUCAGCAAGCAGCAAUGCGGGAGGCCAUUGCGGAUGCAGCGACUCGCCUGUUGGCGUCUCUUGAACAAGCACCUCAACAAGACCGCAAGGCCUGGGCCUAA